AUGGCAAGAAAACCAAGCAUGGGUAAAGGAGGUGUUUUCAAAAAGGCUCAUGAACUUGGUACCGUUUGCGGUGACAGUGUUAUCGAUCAUUACCUCUCGGGAGAUACUCUGGACAGGACUCCAACUCCACCUGUCAUGCCUCAUCGUGAAGCCAGAAUUCUUGAACUAAACAAAGAAUAUAGCGAGGAACUCGAGAGGUUGGAAACCGAGAAAAAAAGAGAACCAGCCGUCAGAAAGAUUACGGAAGCAAAUAAGAGUAAGUACUGGUGGGAAUGGGAUUAUAUUGAUGAUUCAGGGGAAGAAGAGUUGGAAAUCUUAUGCGGUGCUCUUGACGCGCUCAAGCUUAAGGUUGCUGAGGACGCAGAUAAAUUGUGGUUCACUACAACCCACACUUCUUCUCUCCCUCAUUUUGGAUAUGGCCUUGGCUUUGGUCUGGACAAAGGCAAUGCGCUUUAUUAA